AUGGAACAGUCUGUGUUCGGUUUGUGGGACUACAUCAUAAUGGCGGCGACGAUGAUCGCUUCGGUCGCAAUCGGUCUAUAUUUUAGAUUCAGCGGAGGCAAGCAAAAAACGAACGAGGAAUAUUUGUUGGCUGACCGCAACAUGUCCAUACUCCCCGUGGCGGUGUCGCUUAUGGCCUCGUUCAUGUCGGCCAUAACCCUAUUGGGGGUGUCCGCCGAGAACUACUAUUACGGCAUGCAGUUCGUAGUAAUCAACAUUUCAUAUGGCAUCGCGACGCCCUUUGCCAGCCGGCUCUACCUGCCAGUCUUCUUCGGUUUGCAGAAGACCAGCACAUACGAGUAUUUAGAACUGCGUUUCGGUCCCCGCAUACGAAUGCUCGCAUCCCUAACGUACACUUUGCAGAUGUUGUUGUACAACGGGAUAGUACUGUAUGCGCCGGCGAUAGUGCUGGAGGCCGUGACAGGCUUGGACAGGCUGAUAUCUAUUCUGGUGGUGGGCUUGGCGUGCACGUUCUAUUCGACAUUGGGCGGUAUGAAGGCGGUUCUGUUCACCGAUUUGCUCCAAUCACUGCUCAUGUUUGGUGCAGUUUUCAGUAUCGUGGUCUUCGCCUCCGUACAGGUUGGAGGCUUGGAUCAGAUAUUUGCAGUAGCGAGGGAGGGUGGCCGUUUGGAUUUUUCCAAUUUCAGUGUCGAUCCAACAGAGCGGCACACGUGGUGGUCCUUAAUCUUAGGAGGCCUCGUCACGUAUUUAUCGCUAUACGCCGUCAACCAUACGCAGGUCCAACGUCUUUUAACCGUCAGAACGUUACAGCGGUCACAGUUGUGCCUGUGGUGGAGUUGGCCCGUCCUCUCCGUCCUCAGCAUUGUGACCUGCACGAGUGGCUUAGCCAUAUACGCUGUCUACAAAGACUGCGAUCCCCUCGCUAGUCAUCAAAUAACAGCUAUCGACCAGCUGAUGCCAUUCUACGUGGUGGACGCGAUGCGCGUGGUGCCCGGCCUGGCGGGACUAUUCGUGGCGGGAAUAUUCAGCGCGUCCCUCUCCACAAUUUCGGCCGCUUGCAAUGCACUCGCCGCAGUCACCCUCACAGAUUACGUGGGCAGGUGGUUCCAAGUGAACCCGUCGUACAUACCGUGGUUGACGAAGAUAGCGGCUUGCGUUUACGGUCUGCUGUUCCUCGCGCUGGCUUUCCUCGCCCAGUAUUUGGGUGGAGUGCUGCAGGCCGCCCUGACGAUCUUCGGCGCGGUCGGAGGUCCCCUGUUGGGAGUUUUCACGCUCGGCAUGUUCACAACCUUCGCUAACGAGCUGGGUGCAUCUGUCGCGCUUCUAAGUGGGAUGGCUUUAACGUUGUGGAUGAGUUUCGGCGGCCCAAGGCCUGUGACCGUCAAACUUCCAGUUUCAGUGGAGGGUUGCGUCCAAAACGUGACAAUGACUCCUCCAACCCUGGCGGAUCCUAGCCAGUACUUCUAUUUGUACAGAGUAUCAUAUAUGUGGACGAGCACGAUCGGAUUCUUGUGGGUGUUGGUGGUGGGGUCGCUGGUGUCGCUGGCAAUAAGACGCCCGCAUCCAUGGCAACGGGCGGGCAAAAGCCGCCCCGACCCGGCCUUGUUCACGCCGCCCCUGGCCGCCAGAUUGCGCGCGGCAGACGAAAAGCAAAAUGGAGUUCAGUGUGACCUGCUGAAACAGACGGAGCUUCAAGAU